AUGGACACCGGUGGUUUUAUUCAAAACUGUCUCCUUGUUGUUGUUUUCUCGGUUUGUCUGUGUCUGACUGCUGGAACCCCUAUAGGUAAGUGGGUUUACAUGUCUGUGGCCGCCCAACAAAUGCGAUGCUGAUGAUGUUGACUACUUUCUUUCUGUGAUAAGUGAUUUUAGUUACAUUUGACUGAACAUGUUGUUAGUACAGAAAACUUUUAACGACAUAUCUGAUAUUAAGAGUGGGCCAAUGAUCGAAGAAAAGGAGGCCAUGUCCUAGAGAGGACCUAUGAGACUUUUCCUUAAUGUGAACUUUUAUAUUACACAGGGGCGAGGUGUAUAAAGUAAAAGGAUUGCUGACUAGCAAGGUCUCAAACAGCAAUGGAUAAACACGUUUAAAUGCUUUUAUAUGUGGCUCAAGACAGUCUCAGAUGGCUGAUGCUUGAUUUUGUUAUGCUAGCCCUCAGAGUACAGAGCUAUAUCCAUACACCACCUCUCUGUACAGGAAGUUUUCAAACCCUUUUGUUCGGGAUAUUCAAGUCUAGAGUUUUCAAUUGAUGCUCAUGGAGGUUGUAAAUGCUGCUUGAUGCUACCAUGGAUGUACUAAAAAGAUGUGACGAUGGGGCAAGGUGUGGGAUAUAUUGAGAUGGUUGUUAAAUUUAUCAAACAAAAUAGUUCUGUUACAUUUGACCUCAGAUAUACAGUAUAUGUCUUUCAUGAUUUCCAGCUCAAAGGUCAUAAAUUCAUUAAAAUAGUUCUUCACCAGUGGAUCUUUGCUGCUGCUCUCCCUGCCUUAGCUUUGUAUGCAAACUCAUGGACAGAGGGGAGGUGAGCUCUACCCACCUCAGGCUUUGGUAAUCCACCUACACGUAGAAGGGCAGAGACCUCUCAGAGCAGACCCAUACUGCCCUAACAUUUAUGAUCUCUGUGGACUUGUAUUUCUCUGUUUCUAAAGGUACUUCAGUCAUAAACUGUAAUUCUGGCAGCAACGCGGAAGUGGGCCAGGUGGAUGAGGAAUAUGUAGGUAAGCAGAAUCAGUGUUGCUUGGAUAAGAAUGAUAGAUCCAUGCUUGCGUUACAAAAGUGAAAGCACGAGACUGUAGAAAACAUUUAAGUCAAACCCAUCUAACAGUUCUCCCAUGAUGCUUCAGGGGAUGUCGAGGUGGUGACUGGGAUCACACCAGGGAGUAAUGUGAAGCUGGUCCCCUUCCUCUUCCCCGAUCAACUUGAAUUUCUGGAGCUUGGUUUUACAUUAGGAGACACUAGUGCAACCGUACGCACAAGGAAGCCGCUGGACGCAGACAAUACAAUCCUAGCAUCUGUGAGUCAAAGCAACACUGUCCACUGGAAUUUAAGCUACUUAUAAUUCAUUCAUCUUUUCCAAAUACAUUUUACCUGAUUAGUGCUUUAAGAAAGCUACUGCAAGAUUUGACCCAUUCCAAUAUGUUAAUCACAAGGUUGUGUUAUGGGUAAAUUAAGAGUCUGGGUUCACUCCAGCUCCUCCUUUUUACGCUCUAUAAAACCAGUGUUGUAUGAAUCGUCACUGAUGCCUGCUCUGUUCUGUACCCUUGGGUCUUUGCCAUUGACUGUAUAUAGAAUGGACGCUGUCAGCCUCCUUGGUGAAGCCACUCCAAGAACAGCACCCUCUGGUGACGGGCUGCAGUAUAGGUCAUAAAUCCCGCCUCCGCCAGCAAAGCUCAUGGGGCUGUGAACAAACUUUAGAAAUGUAUUACACAAAACAUAAAUUUUUUUAUCCCUUGUUUGUGAUGUUGACAUGUAGUUAUUGUAAGACUGGUUUGUGCUCAAGUCCUCUUUUUUCUGUGAAGCUCCGAUUUUAAAAGUUACGCUGUUUGAGCCGGGCGUCAUCACAGCGACUCUCAGCGACUUUCCAGCUGAAUGCGUACAACGCUACUGCGCAAUGGUGGUUUCAGGAAAUGGAGAGAAUAUGCGGAAUUACAGAGAGCUUUUCGGCUUCAAAUCUGUAUACUGGUGGAAGGCGGAACAAAGCUGUCCACAGUUUAUACAGUCUAUGGUCUUUGCUGUUGCUCUCCCUGCCUUAACCCUAGCUCCUCCUUUUUAUGCUGUGUCUAACUCUACCGAUGUCAUUUGUAUUGAACUCGUGAGAAAAAGUCCUGAUUUUUUCCUGUGUUUCUUUCUUCCAGAGAGACAGAACGUUGUAUUACUCUGUCAUGUGUGAUGGUGUGAUAAAGGUGGGUAAAUGUGCAGUUUUCAGUAUUUACAAGUGUUACAAAACAAAGAAUUUCAACUUAAUUUUUGCUGUUGCAGUACAACAACACUCGUAAACUAAGACUCAACGACCUGAAUGACAACGGUCCAGUAUUUAGGCAGGACCACUACCACACUACAGUCUCUGAAGUAAGUCAGAAUGAAAUUAACAAAUUAUUUAACCAACAAAAUUAAACCCUAAUCAUAAGAUUAGUAUUUAAACAGGUCCCACCAGGCGUUAAUGGGCUUAGAUAUGGGGCUUGUAAUACUGGGCCUCACCAUCAUAGCUCAGGCAAACCCUGAACAAUGUUUACAACCAAACACUCAUCAUACAGAUGAACCAAAACAAGCGCUUAAAGCUCCUUUGAGGACCUUUUAAUUUGUGUCAAUUCUGGCGCCCCCUGUGCCAAUUAGUAAUCGUGCUCAAUGAAAGAGACAUGCUGUUGUAAUUGUGGCUAUUUGGGGUCAGAUUUUUAUCCUGACCCAGGCUCUUCUGGCAGGCUUGUCAUUUUUGUUUGUUCAAUCAAUUUUUCACUUGCAGAGAAAAAUGAAGAUUCGUAACCAUGGAUUUGAUUCAUCAAGCAUCUCCUUCCUCUUUUAGGCAGCAUCCUUGGACACAACGGUUCUUCGUGUGGAUGCAGAGGAUGCUGACAGCACCCCAACGAACAGCAGGCUCACAUAUUCCUUUGUCAGUACAUGUACUUGCAUCAGGAAACUUGUUGGGUCAGAUUGUUUCUCUCUGUGAAAAAUUCAUAGUCGCUUCAUUUUUAAAGGUACCAGCAUCAGAGGACUUUUCAGUGACAAACUCAGGGGCUUUUCUUUUGAGGAGACGUCUGAACUAUAAUGCAGUCGCAAAGUACGACUUUAUUGUAACAGCCCAGGUAGGGGUACAAAAUAUUUCCAUCUUGUAAGGCAGGCUUCUUAGCCAAAAACAACAGCAUUGGAUAAACUUUUGAAUUUUAACAAACAUUUAUUUAUUCCUUAUUUAUUUAUUUUGCUAUUUUCUCUUCAGGAUAUCGGGGGGCUAAAUGACUCUGCCACUGUGACGAUUAGCGUAGGAGACUUUGAUAAUUUAAAUCCUUAUUUCAGCCACAACAUGUACCGAGCCUUCAUCCCAGAAAACCAGGUCAGUUCCUCUACUAAGUAUUUAAGCCUUUUUUAUAUCAGGGACACUUUUCUCAAGCACUAUCUUGAAAAGCAAUGUAAAAUAAUUAGCAAAAAAAUCAAUAUCAUUGUGGUGUAUUUCUUAGAUUUAUCAUGACAAGUAUGACUUUUGUUAAACUAUAUUUAAUAUUUCUAUGUAAAUUUGUGGCUUUUGGUGAAUUUUACAUACAAAUUUAUAUAAAUAAGUCAUAAUUAAUUUAUAUAUUUUAGGCUGGGACUUUUCGAAAUAUUGAGCCAGAACCAAUAAAAGCCCAAGAUGGAGAUACUGGAAUCAACAUGACUGUAUCCUACAGGAUCAGUUCAGGUAAUCAAACAGAAAAUUCAACUUACCUCAGAGUUUUAUAGUUAACUCUGAAACCCUUUCUGCAGCUCUCUGUUUUAAGCAUCUUUAGACCCAUCUCAAAACUACUGUUUUUAUCCAAGAUCUCAGAAAAAGUUGUCCACACCGCUCAUUUCUUAUAUGAAGGACAAUCGGAUCUUGGAACAGCACUGAAACUGCUCUGGUCUCUGAUGACUUACUGCUUGCCACUGAUUCUGGCUUCUACUCUGCUAAUUCUUCUUAACUUCAGCUCAGCUUCUGCCACAGUCAACCACACAGUCCUAAUCAGCCAUCUGGAAUACUAAUUAGUGAUAUACCACUGGGACUUACCAUCCCUUGGACAGGUUUUUCUGUUGUGCUUGCUGCCUGCUCCUCUUGUGUGCCUUUAUAUGCGGCGUUACGCAGGUGUCUAUCUUGGGUCCCCUUUAAUUCACUGUGUAUAUGCUUACUCUGGAGCAAAUUCUUUGUAGGCAUGGUAUAGACUUUCACUGCUAUGCAGAUGACACUCAGCUCUAUGCUAUGUCAAAACCUGGCAACGCUGAUCUGUCUAACAUUAUGUCUUGUCCAAGUGAAAUCUGAUUGACUCCAAAUCUAGAGUUAAAGUUAUUACUCCCCCCACCUAAGUUCUAGCUACAUAAGCAAUCUGUCCCUACGCCUGAGUGCCUUAUUUAAAAAGGUUCCCCAAGAGGCCACAACUAAGGAGUCAUUUUAGACUGACUUUUUCUGACACCCAGGUCAUUUUUAUCAGACUGGAUGACUGUAAUGCACUUUAUUCUGGCAUCAGUAAGCACAAAGACAGCAGGUAAUUUAAACACUCAGUAAGAGAAACCAUCAUACAUCAGAACUAAUUUUAAGAUGUUACUGCUUGUUUUUAACGCUUUAACGUGAACUCAUUCAAAACUCACUUAUAUCCUUUGGAUUUUAUUGGUCAUUGACUUUGUUAUACUUGUGUCUGAACUUGAUCUGACAUAGUUGUAGUUGUAAUAAAUUUUUUAUAAAGAUGUUUUUAACCUUGUUUAGUGGUGUCAUUAAAACACACACACACACACACACACACACACAAAUACAUAAGCUGUUUUAUUUGAUUCUUUCAGUCUCUCCAGACAAGUAUGCGGGAAACUUUGGCAUUGAUUCCAGCAGUGGAGUUGUAUCUGUGCUGACUGCUUUGGACAGAGAGGAGAUGGACAGCAGUGUGAUCUCUGUCAGCAUCAAGGUGAGCUUUUAAGUUAUGAGAAGAGCUUAUUUGACACAAUAGCUAAAACAGGUAAAAUAUCAUAAAUACAGUCAUCAAUGCUGUGAGGACCAUAAAAAUGUAAACCCUGACUCCCUGAUUAUUGGUUAUAUUUGUCUCUGCAGGCAGCUCAGACUGACGACACCUUCAAAACAGCAGAUACUGUAGUGUCUGUGACUGUUGAGGACGUCAAUGAUAACCCUCCAGAGUUUGACCAGCCUAACUACACCGUAUCACUUCCAGAAAACUCUCCUGUUGAUGCUGUUGUCUUUAAAGUCAUUGUCAGUGACCCCGACCAGGUAGAUAUCGCUCAAACCACACUGAUAGAAAGUUAGACAUAGAAAGUGUGAAUGGCAUGGACACCAUUCAGUCCAAUGUUUAGUUUGAUACUUUUCUUUUUCAUGCCCCUUUGAAAAUGAAUAAAAUGCCUAUUAAAAAGGAAUGCAAAGUGACUUCCUCUGUGCUCCCUUCCUCAGGGAGGGUUUGUGGGGACGUUGCAAAUCCUUCCAGAAUCUGCUCCUUUCUCUGUCGAUGCUGAUGGGACAGUUCGAGUGAAGAACUCCUCAGCUCUGGACAGAGAGACCACCGAAGAUGUCACAUUUCAGGUUAACAGGAUAAAAAAACAGGCCACAAAUUACAGUAUUUACCAACAUGCUAUGAAAAGGACUGCUUCAAAGCUGUGUUUUUUGACUUAUUAUACUAUAAGCUGUUUCUUUGUUUAUUCCCAGAUUGAGGCCAGAGAGUCAAAAACACCCAAUCAUGUCGUAACAGCACAAGUAGAAGUGACUCUUUCGGAUGUGAAUGACAACAGUCCUACUUUCACGACUGACAAGUACGAAGGAAAAGUGUUUGGAAAUCAGACAGUGGGGAUGCUGCUUGUGCAGGUGGGUCAUUUAAAGAAAGGUAGUUUUAGGUAAAGUAGCAGUUUUAAAGCAAAACAUGUCAGGGUUGAUUUUUUGUUUCAAUGUCAGUAUUUUUCUUUCUUUCUUUUUUUUUUUUUUGUUAAGCAAGUGAUCAAAAAGCUCUCAGCUCACAUUAAGAAUACAAAAAAAAUCGUGUUUAUUUUUUGUCUAGUCUAGUCCAGGCAGGCUGUAAAGUGAAGCUCUGCCAAAAGUACAUCGGCUGAUCUCAUAUUUCUGUAAAUAUACAAUAUUUAUGAACUAAAACUUUACAACUUCACAAACCUUAUCCAAAGGCUUUUAUCUACGUCCUUUUAUCUGUGAUCACGUCCUUUUAGACAUUGAGCUUGGUGCUAGUUCAGGCAGGCUGUGAAGUCAAGCCCAGCCCAAAGUACAUCAGCUUAUCCUAUAUCUGUAUGAAUAUAGGUGUAUUUAUAAACUUAAAACUCAAACUUUCUAAAACUACCCUUAAAUCAAUUGGCUUCACAAGCCUCGAUUUGAUAUCAAGUAACUCCUUAAAGCUAUGACAAACAUUAAAACUAUUAUAAACUUGACAAUUUACUGUUGUGUAUUUUAAAUGUUCAAUUCUUGAGGUGCUGUAAAUCAUGAUUUCUAUAUUUUCACUCAAAGGUAAAUGCAGAGGAUCCAGAUGCAGGUCCAAAUGGCCAAGUCAGAUACUCCAUUGAGUUUGGAAACAAAGACGACUACUUCUCAAUCGAGGAAACCACUGGAGAGAUCACGCUGGCUAAAACCAUUCCUCUGGUGGAAAACAUGAUUCAAGAGUUUUCUCUUUACAUAACAGCCAGAGAUGGUGAGCCAGAGAUUAUAAUUCGACACUGUGAUUGAAGACAUUUUCAAGUUAAAUCACACAUUAAUAUCAGAGGGUGGCAAAGCAGUCCUACCGCAGAUAAACACAUCUUUAAAUCAGAUUAUUUCUGUUCCCCUGCUGUCUGUGCAGAAACUUUUGGACUUCGGUCAUGUGAAGCGCCUCACCUUUGGUAGUUUUAUAAUCUUAUGAUCAUAAAAUUGAUAUCAUGACACAAGAAUGAGUCAGGCACACUGAUUUAAUUGCUCCAACUUAUAUUUGAUCAAAAGUCUUGACCUUCUCAAUUUCUAUGUCCUGGGCGUCUUAAACACAGGUUCAUACUUUCUGUUCACCGGGGGGUCUUUUAACAUAACUGAUUGUAUUUUAAUUUUUGGUAAAUUGGAAGGAGUCCCAGUUUCAUGAGCUUCGUGUUCAAUGUUCUUGACGCAGUGCUAUAAAACAAAUAUCCUUAUCUACAGCUUUUUUCAUAGCUACAGAAGUCAAGAGUUAUGAUACCUCUACAGUGUGUGCCAAAGGGAAGAGCUGUCAGACACAAAAACACACAAAAGUAAAAGGGUUUCAGGAUAUGUUAGGGAGAAAUGAAGAGAAAACUUUCUGAUUCUGUAAAGGUGGAAUUAUGCAAGUGUGAUUCUUUAUGAGGUAUCUGUGAGUAGGGGAUCACCAUCAGCUUGACCUCUUUGUAGAUAAGCAAUGAAGUAAAUCAGAGUUAGAGACUAAAUUAAUGAUCUGUUUCAACACUAACAGCGUGAUAAUGGCACUAAAUAUAAGCAGCGUGAAGCUCAAAAUAAAGCAGCUGUCGAUAAAGCGCAUUUAAGAAGGCUACAGUAUAUGAAAAGGGUUGAAUUCCACUGUUUUACAAUCUAAAUAUGUUUCUGCUUUAAUAGUUAAGCAUAUCUAUUGCACAGGAACUAUGAAGGCGCUAAAUAAACCAAAACCACUGUUAUUUUCUUCUUCACCUCUCCUGUAGAGGGCCUCAUACCUCGCUUCAGCUCAGCACAGGUGAACAUUCGAGCUCCGGGUGACUCAAAUGCUCAGUUUUUACAAAAAGUCUACCACGGCACCGUCGAAGAAGAGCAAAGCCCAGGAGUUUUGAUUGUCAGGGUGAGUUAGCAGAGGUGGUCACGUCUUGAAAAUUGUGCCGAUUGUUCAUAAAUCAAAAGAAAUUCCUGUUGAAUAACUGAAACAUCCUGCUCUUCUUGUCUUCAGGUUAACUUCCUCCCAGCAGCUCCAGAGAUUCCUGUGACUUUCACAGUCGAUACAGAAGCCGAUAAGUUUGACAUUUCCUCUAAAGGUGAAUUAAUCACCAAAGUGAAGCUGGACCACGAUGAGGCUCCACACAACUACUCUGUGGGGAUCUCCAUUUCUGACGGGGUAAACAGGGACAGUGCUGUGGUGGAGGUCCAAGUGACUGACAUCAACGAUAACAGUCCUGUUUUCAGCUCCAGCUCUGUCACAGCGUCAGUCUCAGAGGGUGCAGAGGUGGGCACCAAUGUUACUGCUGUUCCUGCUACAGACAAAGACAGCGGCUUCAACAAGCAGAUCAGAUACUCUCUAAAAGGAGGAGAGGGCAGGUUCUCCAUUGAUCCUCUGUCUGGAAUGGUGAGUGUGGCAGGCGAGCUCGACAGGGAGACCAGAGCAGAGUACGAGCUGCUGGUGAUGGCUGAAGAUCUUGGUCGUCCAGCCAAGUCAGCUACAGCAUCACUACUGGUGCAAGUGUCCGACAUCAACGAUAACUCCCCUGUGUUCUCAUCGGCUGAGUAUCUGGUCGAAGUGCUGGAAGAGGAGCCAGUGGGUACGAGUGUGCUCACUGUGACAGCUGCAGACUCGGAUGAAGGAGCCAACGGCAGAGUUAGUUACAGUAUUCUCCAGCAGAGUCCUCCAUCAGACCCUGCUGUAUUUCAGCUGGACUCUUCCAAUGGGACUCUGAGGCUAGCUCAGACUCUGGACUACAGCAAGGUGAAGAUGUACAGUCUGAUAGUUCAGGCCUCUGAUGGAGGGAGUCCCUCUCUGACAGGGAACAGCUCUGUGGUGAUAAAGGUGAAGGACGUGAAUAACAACCCGCCUGAGUUCAGUAAGGAAAGCUACGACGUGGCUGUGACUGAGAACCUGCCCGGGGGAUCAUCCAUCUUGACCCUGGAAGUCACUGACAAGGACGAAGUGAGUUACACGACGACGACACAUCACCUAAUUGAAAUUAUACUUACAGCAUCCAAACUUGGACUGGUGGCUUAAAAAUUGCUACACAUUACAACAUUGAAAUUAAACGUUAAUAUUUGAUGUUGAAGGGCUGAAUUGUUCUUAUGGCUGAUUAAUAACCACAGGCAAAAACAUUCCUUCUAUUUCAACAUUCUUGCUUAAAAUUCUCAGGGGGCAUGACAUUUUUUGAAAACUAUCAUGGGGGGUAUCAUACUUUUCCACAUUUACAACAAAAACUGCAAAGUUUAGCAUCCGUACUUUGUGUAUGCAAAGUUUCCAAUCACAAGGUAAACGUGUUUUGUCAUAAUCUGAUAAAGUUUAUAUGAACUGUUCAAAUCUUGGACAAAUGCGCGAAAAUGCAAGAGAGUAGUUGAAGUGUGAGAUUUACUUAAAUUUGAUGCGAGAAUUAUAGGCUGUGUCCGAAAUGAAUCAUUUAAUCCCUAAUCCCUAACCCCCAUAUGGGAUUUCACUAUAUAGUUGAUUAUGUAGUGAGCUCAAUCACUACAUGGCAUGACGGAAUGCAUGACGGGAUGCCCACCACCAGUGAGUGACCAUCGGUUGAUCACUACAUUUUGCAAUGCUUUAUGGGAAAUUUUGAGUCCCCUUCAUAGGGCACUGGAAUUGAUCACCGAGGUUUCGGACACCCCUCAAAAUGGCGCUAAUCCCCAUGUAGUCACUGAUAUAGGGGCUGGGAAUCCAUUUCGGACACAGCCGUAGACUCUCCUUACUGGUUGAUGUGCUUCCGGCAAAGCAGAACGGCCUGCCUCCAUCACUGUGCGUAGUGACACCCACAGCAGAGCGGGUAACCAUAGACAUGAUAAUUGAUUAGGGUUAGGGGGAGGGCCUUAAAGGGACAGCGACUAAGACGAAGCGUUUCAGACGGAGGCUGAAAUGAUACUUCAAUACACCACUAUGAGAAUUUUUAGACUUUUUUUGAUCUGAAAAUCAUGUAAAGCUUUUAAAGAGGUAUCAGACAGGAAAUAUAAGGUCUGAAAAAAAUUUAUGAUACCCCCCCUUUAACUUCAACUGUGAUUCAAUGUUUUGAUCUUAUCUUCUCCAGGGCGGGUUCUCCAACGGUCUGUUCAUGUACACCAGCGAUACCUUUGAGAUAAACAAACAAGGUGUGGUCUCUCUGAGAGGGGACGUUAGCUUGGACAGAGAGACAAUAGACAGCUACAUAAUACAGGUACAAACAUGUCCAUUCAACCUGCUUAAGACUCAAAGGGGUUUUACUGGUCAUUUUAUCAAACACAAGACCAGAAAUCACCUUCACUUCACUCUCUGUGUGCAGGUUCAAGCGGUGGAUCAGCCCACUGAUGGUUUGACAUCCACAGCUCAGCUCAACAUCACCGUCCUGGACUACAAUGAUAACACCCCAAAGUUCCCUCCAAUCCCAGACCCCCUUCUAAUUCCUGAGGGUGACUACUCAGAGGAAAGUCCAGGAGAAGUUAUCACCAUCCUGCCCACAGACGCUGAUCUUGGCAUCAACGCAGAGGUCACACUCACCCUCCUCUCCCUACAAACCCUCUUCAAAUUCAGAGAGGUGAGGCAGAGUGGCAUUAUUGGGCAAACAUUUCCUGUGCUGAGACAGUUUUCUGAGGGGGUUUGCUGUGUUUCAGGAUGGGAUGCUGCUGGCUGUGGGACCUCUAGAUCGAGAGAGCAGUGAGACGUUUGAGCUUUUUGUUAAGGCUUCUGAUAAAGGCAGCCCGCAGAGAGAGGUGAGCGAUACAACCCUGACAGACACUUGAACUUCUUCUAAGAAAGUCGGGGAUGUUUCUGUUUCUCUGUCUGUUUUUAGUAGGUAACAGGAGAAAUAUGAAAUAAUUUUGGUGCACCGAGCUUUAAAAAGUCACAUAAUGUUCCUUAUUUUAAAGUAAGACAAAAGGCUGCAGUAGAGCAGCUCGAAGUUUGAUUUUGGAGUUUUUAAGUUUUUUGUCUGCUAUGGUUUGAUAGUUGACACUUCAGUUUGAUUGCACAACCUGAGAACAUGUCUCACAAUGACACAGUAUGAGUUGUGAGAAUUGCAGAUUAGAUGUUCCUCUUAACAAUGUGUCAGGUCAAACGGUCAACCAACAUCAUCAAAGGCCUGAAGAUGUUGUUUUUGUCAUCCUCUCAUUAUUAACUUUAAAGGAGACAUAGUUUAGCUUUCUUUUGUCUGUCUGGGACACCUUAAGAGUUGAUCUGUAUGAUGUGGAGCUCCUUAUUUAUCUCAAACUGGUGUCUGGGAAAACUCUCAUUUCAGCUCUGCUUGAAAAUGCUUCCUUUUUGCUGCUUUUUCUCUGAUAUAAAGUUAGACGCAGCUAAGGGUCUUAUUUUUACACAGCUUUGCGUCCAAAAAAGAACCUGAAGUUUAUACCUUUGCAGAAAACAUCUGAGGCUCGCUGCGAGGGGCCACCUACUGUAGAUCCCCAUUUAGCCACAUUAGCAUACCUUUGCCAUUGUCACAUAGCCUGCUGUUAAAAAAGUGUGCAAGCCAGGGGUUCUGAGUCAUCAUAAAGGUCUUUAUGGAUGAAGAGUUCCAGUUUUCAGGAACAGCUGAGACUCAAAUCCAGCUUUUAUUCACUGUUAUGUACAAAUGAGUCAUCAGUGAAGUGGUGUGCACAAACAGGAGGAGGCAGGUAGAGGAAGGAGAGCAGGGAGUGGAGCAGGAGGUGGCAGGUGGAGAGAGGAGAGCAGGGAGCGGAUUACGAGGAGGCAGGUAGAGGUAGGAGAGCAGGGAGAGGAGCAGGGAGCAGAGCAGGAGGAGGCAGGUGGAGAGAGGAUUACCAAGGAUUACACCCUUUAGUACGUCCUUUACUGAAUUAGCCCUGAACUGUCCCCUGUGCCCCAGAACAUCACCACUAUCAGAGUGAGUCUGACAGACAUCAACGACAACAGACCUGAGUUCAGCUCCAGCAGCUACGUCAGCAGCAUCCUGCUAAAGGAUGCAGAGGAAGGGAAGCUGCUGCUGACACUGUCCGCCACUGACAAGGACGCAGGGAAAAACUCACUGAUCAAGUACAGGUCAGUCCAGGCUGAAUGAAUCCACAUCAUAUCUUAGAAUAUAUUCUCACUUCAUGUAAAGUAACUUUUUAUCACAUAAAGAGAUGGUUCUUCCCAAACUGUCAUUGGUUUUUUUAUAAGGAGCAGAGGUAUUUGUCAACAAACCAGCUUUUUGAAUCUCUCUGCUCUUGUAGUUUUUCUGCAGGAAGUUCUCCAUAUUUGGCUUUGAACAGCGAGACGGGGGCAGUGACUCUGACCUCUGACCUCGCUGACAUCACUGAGGACACCACACUGGUGCUGACAGCCUUGGCUGAAGACCAUGGCCAGCCUCCUCUCAACUCCACAGGUCAGUCUGACAGCAUCAACUUCAUAUGCAGGAACGACCACAAGGCGGCUCUUCAUAACCAUUUUGCCCUUCAGCUGGUGGACUGCAGCCCUCCGAUGGUGUAGUUAGGGUUAUUGUGUAACUUUUUGUGUGUCUGCAGCUCGUGUUGUAGUAAACCUGAGGGUCGCGAGUCUGACAGAGGGCGUGGCCUUCAAAAGCUCCUCCUACAACUUCAGCUUAUCUGAAAACCAACCAAAGGGGGCAGCAGUGGGGACAGUAUGGGCAUCUGCAGGUAGUGCCAUUUACGAUGUUUCCUACGAGGUGAGAACUCACGCUGACCUGUUCUCCAUCGAUGCCAGUGGAGCCAUCGUGACCAAAACCCCUCUGGACAGGGAGGAGCAGGAGUGGUAUAUCCUAGAUGUGGAGGCAGUGGACACCAGGACCCCGCCGACGUCAGCCUUCACACUAGUAUGAUUUCAGGCUGCCACAAAGAAACAUCCCUUUUUGUACAGUUGAAACAGUGUGACUGGGAAUUUUCUCUUACUAUCUCAGGUCAGAGUUCAGGUGGAGGACGUGAAUGAGCCUCCUGAGUUCCCCUCAGAAGAUUACAAAGCUUCAAUUUUUAGCAUUGCUCCAUAUAAAACCUCUGUCAUCACAGUCAAGGUAAACACACACACACACACACACACUCACAGACUCUGAUAGUCAGAAAACGUCCUCUUCACUUCCAGAGACUCUGAGUGUCACAUAAGGACAGGCUGUUAUUGUGUUACUGUAAUACUCAUAAACAGCAGGUGUAUGUUUUGGACCAAACUACUGAGCAGCCUGUUUAUUCCAUGACUGAUAUGGUUAAUGUGUCACCAAAGGGCAGUAAAACACCUCACAUCGUCAGCACUCUGCAACAGCAAACAGAUCAUUCCUGUCACAUGUGGUGUUAUCUGACUCUCACUGGAAAGUUUUCCUCCUUUAGAGUGUCACAUAGUUAGAUCUGGUUCAGGUCUGGACCAGCUCUUAGUUACGCUACUAUAGGUGUAGCCUGUCAGGGGGCGCUGGCACAGUGAGAUCCUUUACCUCCUUCUCCAUCCUCUUUCUGUCUGUGUUAUUAACUUUAAAUCAUCAUGUCCCGUUAGAGUCACUAAUACACAGUCUUUCCUGGGAGUCCCUGAGCUCCAUCAUGCUGUACCUUCCUCUGGAUCGCUGCUGCAGACGUCCUGCUGCUGUGGACCUGCUUUCCUGCUGCUACAACUACAAGCAUCAGUCUGUCCUCUGUCCAUCUCUCUCUUUCUGCAUCUCCCUCUGUCUCCUCUCUAAACCUAAUGCCGUCUCAGCAGGUGACUGUCUAACACUUAUAGUCUGAUUCUGCUCGAGUUUUCUGCCUGUCAAAGAAAGUUCUUCCACUCCACGGUAAUUUGCGAAAUGCUGGGUGGGAGUGGGUCUGAUCUUAUAAGAUGGGGCUUAGUCUGAUCCUAUCUUUACACUGGGUCUUUGUGUACAGAGUCUGGUCUAGACAAGCUUUUCUUUGGUAUGUGGUUUGGGAUAAUACUUGUGGAUUGGUGCAAUAAAAAAUAUUGAUUGAUUAUUGAUAACUUACUGGUGAGUACACAAUGAUCCUUGCCAACCAUCCACACAUCCAGCUCUACUCGUUGAUGACCACAUGCGAUUAAUAACCAGCUGAACCUGUUUGUUUGUUUUCUGCCUGUUGUUGCUCUCCGCUGACACCUGAUUGGUCAAUACUUCUCAUGUUCUGCAAACAUACUACAGCCAGGAACCUGAACACACCCUGGACUAAAAUACAGAUACAGAGUCUAGCAAAGUUACGGUUAAACACACUGUAACACUGAGUUAGACACCCCCUCGAGAGAUGAAUGUUGCCGACUGCUUGCUUCUCUAGUUUUACCAACUUUAGUAACGACCGCAGGAUAGCAAUACAGAGAGCCACGCGCUCAACCAAAACGCCACUCUAUAGCCACAAAUAAUGCUCAGAACAGCACCUAACUUCAUCAACAGUACAUAUAGGGCCCCAGCCAUAGUACUAACCACCAAACAUCUUUUUAACUUUGCCUGAUUUCUUUUGCGAAGAGACUAAACAUAACUCACCUACUCUCCUCCAGCAGCCACUUGUUUUUACGGAGACCUCCGGGGCCGAGUCCAUCACCAACUGCUGUGGGGUGACGCAGCUCAAGGAAGAACAUUUAUGAUCAUUUCUUAAUGGAAAUGCAAUCAGACCGAGACGCUAAGGCAGAAGAACUACUGCGUCUGAAGAACAAAAUGAUUAAUAUGGUGAUUAUUACUUCAAGGAAAUGAUAAGGUAAUGAUCAUAAAUGUUCCUUCUUGAGCUGCAUCACCCCACAGCAGUUGAUUGACUCGCCCUGAGGUCUCUGUACAAACAAGAGGCUGCUGGAAGAGAGUAGGUGAGUUGUGUUUAGUUUCUCUGCUGAAGAAAUCAGGCAAAGUUAAAAAGAUGUUUGGUGGCUAGUGCUAUGGCUGGGACCCUUUAUGUACUGUUGAUGAAGUUAGGUGCUGUUCUGAGCAUUACUUGUGGCUAUAGAGUGGUGUUUUCGUUGAGCACAUGGCUCUCUGUGUUGCUAUCUGCGGUCGUUACUAAAGUUGGUAUAACUAGAGAAGCAAGCGGUCGGCAACAUUCAUCUCUUGAGGGGGUGUCUAACUCUGUGUUACGAUGUGUUUGACCCUAAAUUAAUUUUACACCAGAAUAUCCCUUUAAAUUAACAUGAAUCAGCAGAACUUUUGGCAGCAAAUUUUCCAGAACUUUCCUCUGACCUCUGCAGGCUUCAGAUCCUGACUUUGGUGAAGAGGGUCAGCUGGUCUACAGUCUACAGUCAGGUGGGCAGAACUUUGACGUGGAUCCAUCCUCAGGUGAAGUGUAUGUGGUGUCAGUGGUGGAUCUGGGUGGUGAGGAAGUCACCAUGAAGCUAAUGGCCACAGACCCCAGAGGACUUCAUGCUACGACCGAGGUGAAGGUGAGAGUGUAGGACUGAAUGAAGGAGUUAAAACUGGUGGAUGCACAUUUUUAUCGGGUUUAGAGAGGUGAGAAAAAGCACGAGAUCAGUUUGAAGAAUCUCGCUGUGUACCAAAGCAGUUUUUCUUUGCCUCCAGGUGGAGGUGCAGGGAGGUGCAAGCAGCAGCGACGUGGUGGUCAUUUCUCUGAACCUCCCUGCCAACACGGUGGAGAAGAAAGUGCCUGAGUUGGAAGAGUAAGACAAGUUCCUGAUUCAUUUCUGGUUUUCGUGUUUUUUUUUGGGUCUGUCAUUUAUUUUUUUCCUCUCAGGUCUUUAAGUUCAGUUCUGGGCUGGACUGUGAACAUUAUUGAGGUUUCCUCUGCAAAUGGAGGAUCAUCAGUUUCCAGAUCUCUGAGAGCUGAGACCAGGACUUUAGUCAGCUUCAUCUGUGAGGAUGAUGAUGAGGAGAUGGUGUCCUCUGAAGAAGUCACUGAGUAAGUUUGAGAUCAUCCAAAAGCUUUUCUUCUCCUCCCUCAUUUUUACAAACGUAUCCAGCCAAAUAGUGGUGUGCAGUUAUUAUGAGAUCAAUUAGCUCCAAUGAUGUCCAGGAAUCCGUGGUUAAUAAGACAUUAAUGAGACUGCCUGGCAACAGUGAUAUGUCCAAACAUUUCUCACUGAUAUCCAGAAGUUCUUUGAUAAUGCAACAGCAUUUGGACUUUGUCUUUAUAAGGGGGAAUGGUUUAGUUGUAAACAGGAUCACGUAAAUGCACAGACAGAACUUUGACCUCUGAUCUCCUUUGUGGGUGACCCAACAGGAAACUGCAGAGCCAAUCAGCUGCUGUGAUGACAGAGCUCUCCAAACUGUUUGGAGAAGACCUUCAUUUCAAUAUCGAGGGAGAGCCUCACAGCGCCUCUUCCAACCAGGCUGCUGUCAUCGCUCUGGGCGUCCUGUUGGCCCUGAGCAUGCUGGGAUUGAUCGUUGCUGUUGUCUUGAUCUUCAGGUGAGAUCUCUAAACAUUCAGAUCAGAUUUUAAAGGGGAAUAAAACCAGCUCCCAAACAUGUGAAUUAAAGUUUGACCUGAUCUCUUUUUCAGGUUCAGGAAGUCAGAGAAACUUGACAAGGAUUCUGACAAAGAGAGUUUUGAUAUCAGCCGAUUUGAUGAAGGUUACACGUAA